AUGGACCUUUUCGUUUUCUUUCCUGCCUUGGCCAACACCUUAGAGAAGGUCGAGUCGACUGAAUUGCGCAGUAAAUCGGUUGAGUGCCCAGAGGAUAUGAUUGCUGCAGCUGGACCAUUCUUUGGGGGUUUGGCGAGUCUGAAAACAUGUAUCCUCUAUGAUCUACCACUGCAGAUUUUGCAGAAGCGAUCCAUCUUUCACAGUCAAUCACUACAGCAUCUUCAAUUCCGCUAUACCAAUCGAAGACAAGCACCCGGUAAAAUAUACCCAGGCGGUGGCCCGAGUAGACAAAACAGAGAAAGUAACAAGGCUGUCUUUCUGCUCCUUGACGACAUCGACAGUGUGAUUGAUUGGUUUCCUGGUUUUCGAAGCCUGAGUUUGGGUCUACCCCGAACGCUAGAAUGGGACCAUAUGCCGUCUUCCAAACUUUCCCAUCUGAUCCUGAACCUGCCACUCAGCCUCGCCGAACAUCCAGACUACAGCGCCAAUAAUAUCACAGAUCCAGAAAUCUCGACCUAA